ACGUGUAUUCAGCAUUGCCAUUGUUCUAAAUGUUGUGUGCAGAAACCUAAAAUAAAGUUUACCCAACUUAUGGUGCGUAAUGAUUAGAAUUCGUGUAAGUUCAUUUCUUGAUAAUUGUUAAAAGGAGCGGUAAUUUUAAUGUAUGGGUUUUCCAAAAAGUGUUUCGUUAAAUAAAUUAUAUCUUAUUAAUGUAAUUUUAUCAUAAUGUAUCGUCAUUAGCUUUCACCCGAUACAUGUGACGUUAACUACAUUUCCAGAUAUAAUCAACAAUGCUAAUUAAAAAUGUGCAUAUACAUAUUGUAACUAUAAUUUAACUUGCACUUUCUUCAUAUAAAAAAGUUAAACUAAUCAGCUAAGUCUAUCCGUAUAAACACACAUAUUAAAUGUUUUAUUUACAUUUUCAGCGUAAAAUAGUAUAUUGUAUGAUGUAUGUUUCAGGUUUACAUGUCAUGGCGAAACUUAUUGAGCUUUCAACAACGAGCUAUUUUCACGUCUGCCUAGUCAUUGCUUUCAUGACAUUUUGUCUCAUUGUUGCCAUAAUCUUGUGUACGAAAAGUUGUCUCAAGCAACAAAGUAAGUAGGAGAUCAAUCUUAGAUAAAUUUAUACAAGAUUUAUUGUCUUAGAGCAAUAUAUCACCUUACAAAACAGGAAAGAAAAAAAGCUCUAAGUAAGAGAUACCAUAGAGCAGUUUUUCCCAAACUUUUUUUUGAGACAUGCCCCAUCUAAGCAUUUCUAAAAUUGUUACAUACUUUUUAAAAUAUAAAAAAAAUUGGUUGUUCGCUGAAAGAAAAAAUGAUAUAUUGUUGGAUGAAAUCACUAGAAAAUGGGUGGGGAAACAUAGUAAGUAAAUUAACAAACGAUUUAAUGGAGAACGGAAAUUCAAUUCAAAUCUUUUAAAGUAAAUUUGAUUCUAUAUUAUUUUAAUUAUUUAUUAUUUUUUAUUAUUUAAAUUUAUUGACAUGUUUGUGCUUGAUGUUUGAUGCAAGAGAUUUUAUGUUAGGUUACAAUAUAGUUAGAUUCAGUCUCAAGUCUCCCAAUUGUGUUAUAUUCAGAAAUUAUUAUUUUUUUGUUUUGUUUUUUUUCAAAUUAUUGACGGUAUUAAAUUCACAAUCAAUUAACAAUGAAUGUGGAAACGGUAACACUCUUUUCCUUGCACAUUUGGUUAAAUUUAGAUAUUUCAUUUCUGCUUCCUAAAAAAUGCAUGCCUUCACUUCUUUUAUAUUAAAUAUAAUAUUAACUGACUCAUCACUGUGCAUUACUUUGAGUUCUUCUUGAUAUUGCAUUUUUGAAAUAUAGGACAAAAUCCACAACCAUUGGCUGCAUCAUCCACGUUGGAAAAUCAAUUUGUUUUAAAUUAGAAAAUAUUUCUUUUAAAUUAGCAGUUAGGAUAUCAUAUGAUCGACAAUAACAAGUAUAGCGGUAUCAGUCACUUUAUUUUGGAGCCAAGGAAAAGUUUCAAUAUUUUUCAUGUAAAUAUUCUUAUGACAUAAUUCAGUAAAGGUAAUAUAACAAAAUAUCUUCACUUUGCAUCGACAACAGUUUUAUUUCUUCCCUGAAGUUGUUUAUUUAACAUAUAGUUCGAUUUCCAAAGAUUCCUAAACAACUUACACAUGCUUUUACAUCGCCCGAUAACAGAUACUUAAAAGGUUCGUCACUUUAAAAAAAAAAAAUUGCAAGAGUAUCAAAUAGUUUUAUAAAUAUUUUCAAGCAUUUCCUUUUCAAAGGCCAACUUACUUCAGUGUGAGGUAAAAGUCUCACAUAGUCUGGAUUUUAUUCUUCACAAAAUAAUUGAAGAAACGUUCACAGUUGGCAUCAGCUUUAAAAUAAUUGAUACACUCUCUAACUGAAAUCAGCUUUAAAAUAAUUGAUACACUCUCUAACUGAAAUCAGCUUUAAAAUAAUUGAUACACUCUCUAACUAAAAUGAAUACUUCAUUUAGAAAGGAGAUUUUCUUUUUUAUUUGCUUCGUUUUCACUAUGAAUAACACAAGGCACCAGUAAUUUUAGCAUUUCUAGAUUAUCAUAUUUCAUCAAUUUAAAGUAGCCUUUUUUCUUGCCCAUUUUAUUCGGAGCAUCAUCUGCAGCACAAGAUGCUAUAUUUUUCAUUGGCAUAUUCUUGACAUCUAAGUAUUUUAUUUUAAAGUUUUUUAGAUAUAUAUCUUUUUACGGUAUUUGUGCUUUCCAAUGAUUUACAUAACAAAAUUUCUUCAUAAAAAUAUCCUUUAUCAAUAUCUGACGUAAGUUAUCAAUAAAACAAUACUGUCUCACAAAGUUGAUUCAUCCAUUCCCACUGAUAUUUAUUUUCGUUUUCAGCUUUUCAACAAGUCGUAUUUCAAAAUCUUCACCCAUUUCGCCUAUUCUUCCGCUAACAGUUUUGUUAUUGAGUGGCCUAGCUUUCACGUCUUUGUCAUAUUUUUUCCAGAACCGUUUUAAGAAAUACUGAUAUUGAUGGUUUGAUUUAAUUUUAUUCUAUAGAAUGAGUUUACCCAUAGUUAGAGAUGAGUAUGGACAUUUCAAAACUAGCCUCAAGUGUAUGAUUGACAGUUCCAGUUACAGCAAGAAAUGGAGAAUUUAAUGUUGCCCUUCUUUGAAAAUACAAGUUUAAUCAUUGUAGAUGGUUUGUUUUCCUAUUCUAGACAGCUCAUUUUUUCACGCUCCCCCCCCCAAACAAUCAAAUCACCCCCCACCCCCCUUGUGGGGCGUGGGACCCAUGACCCUGACUGUAGAAAGCGACUAUAUAAGCUGCAGGGACAAAAAAAAUAGUAUACAUUGUCUUACUCUAAAGAAAUAGAAAAAAUAGACUUAAAAAUGUAAUAGCAUACUAUAUGUUAAAUUAAUAUGUCUUAAUGUAAUAUGUGUUGAUGUGAUAUGUGUUAAUGUAAAACGUGCUAAUGUAACGCGUGCUAAUUUGAUGUGUUCAUAUGAUAUGCUUUAAUGUAAUAUUUGUUAGUGUAGUAUAUGUUAAUUUAAUAAGUGUUAGUGCAGUACAUGUUAAUGUGAUAUAUACUAAUGUUAUAUAUAAGUCAAUUUUAUAUGUGUAAAUGUGAUAUAAUGUAAUAUAUGUUAAUGCAAUUAUGUGUAAAUAUGGUACGUGUUAGUGUCAUUUGUUAAUGUAAUAAGUGUUAAUGUAAUAUGUGCCUAUUUAAUACGUGUUAAUGUAAUAUGUGUUAAUGUGAUAUAUGGUAAUGUUAGGCAUGUUAAUGUGAUGUGUUAAUGUACUAUAUUUUUACGUACCAUCGUAAGUAUACAUAAUCUCCUUUUUAAUGUUAUGGGUCCUGGAAAAAACCUUACGCAGCAAUGCAACUAAAUAAUAUAAUAAAGAAACGAUACACAAAUUUGGUUUUAUUACAAUUAAUCAUUUUAUUAACUAGAUACAAAUUUACAAAAUCAAAAAUAAAUAAAAACUUAACUAUCAUUUACAGUAUAAUAAGGUCUAGUGCUAGUACAAUAUAGAAAUGCAUAAUAAUGAAAAGGCUAAUGCUGAAAAAGGAACAUAUACGCGCAAGGCAAAAUAUUUUUGUAAAAAUAUUGUCUCGCAUAGCAAUUCUCUCUCAUGCUCAUCCAUCUAGGUAUAUGUAUAGCCUAUUUCAGAGACAAUUCUAGAGCGGGCUUACACAUUUGAUUUAUUCCUUGCUUAGUCUCGAUUAGUCUACAUAAUUCUAGUUAUACAGACUUAUUUUUUUGCAAACGAGAUAUUAUUUUUAAUUAGCCACACCCUAAUCACGGUACCGAGCUCAGGGUCAGCUAAAGUUCAUUCACGGGAAAGAUGACGUAAAUGCGUCGUCAACAUAAUAAUAUGUUAAUGCAAUAUACGUUAAUGUGAAACACGUUAAUGUGUUUAUGUAUAAAAUAGUAUAUAAUACUGUGAUCUGUAUUAAAGUUAUAUGCGUUAAUACGAUAUGUGUUAAUGCAAAAUGUAUAAAUGUAUUAUGUGUUAAUUCCAUAUAUUUUAAUAUGAAUAGCUAAUGCGAUAUGUGUAAAUUUGUUGUUUUAAUGUAAUAUGUGUUAUGUGAUGCGUAAAAAUAAAUAUGUUUUAAUGUGGUCUCUAUUAAUGUAAUUUGAGUUAAUGCACAAAGUUUUAAUAUAAUAUGUCAUAAUGUUAUUAUGUUUAAUGUAAUAAAUGUGGUAAUUUUAUAUGUGUUAAUGCAUUAUGUUUUCCAUAUAGUGUGUGUAAUUGUAAUAUGUUCUAAUGUGGUAAGUAUUAUUGUAAUAUGUGUUAAUAUAUUUUUAUUAAAAAAUAUGUGUUCCUGUAAUGUGUGUUAACGUAAUAUGUGUAAAUAUAAUUUUCUUAACAUACUUUUUUUGAAUUGAAUAUGUGUUAACAGAGUAUGUGUAUUUUUGUAACUAUCGAUUACGUACAUACAAGCUGUAGCCCAUCAAACAAUGGCAAUGACAAUCCAACUGACUUCCCAUUUACUAAAGUUUCUUGAUAAAACAAGAAUCCAAAUAAGAUAAGAUAAGAUUCUUUUAUUAACCCAAAUAAAUGGAAAUGUUUUUUGAUUGCACAAUACAUUUUCAGUUAAACAAAUAAAACAAAUUGAACACAAGACAUUUAUAAUAAAUUAUUUCAAACAGCCACUCAGUUACUUCUCCUAGCAAACUCGGGGAGUAUUAGUUCUCAUUCAGAUGUAUGACUUCAGAGGAAACACGCCGGUAAAUUCGUACAGAUUGGGGAACAAAAUAAUUUUUAUAUCUUUCAGUCCUCGUCUUGAUGGAAAGAAUUCGUCCCGAACGGCCCGAUCCUAAGUAUCUGUCAUGAAGACGGUGGGAUGUAUCAUCCAAAAUGUGUUUAGUUUUGCAAAAACAUCUUUCUUCAAAUAGUUCUCCAAGUAAAGGAAUAACCCACCUUAUAAGAAUCCAACUUAGUGCUAACCACCUUUUUACACAACAGCACACUUUAUUUUCACCCACUAACUAUAGUAAUAUUCUAAUGACCUAUCAACUUUUACACUGCAGAUUAAUAGCAUCAUAAUUGAAAUGAGACUAUUUCCGUAAUACUAUAGAAUAUUUUACGUUACAAACCUACGUAAGUUUAAGAAUCUCAUUUAGCACAGUUAUCGGGAGUUUUUUGUUUUGUUGUGUGAGCUCUAUUGAAUACAACAUUACACCGUUAUUUAUUCCAUGGCUACAGAAUCAUGUUUAUUGAGUGUGUUACACGUGACACAAAAAAUAGUAAUUAAAAGGAUUGCAUGUUAAGUAAUUACGCCUAGUAAGUGUUCAAUUAUCGACAUGUCUCUUUGUUUUCCACUGGUUAUGUUAAAUAAAACUUAAAAUAAAAUGAAAAGUCUUUUUCUUCUAAAACUAAUUAUUUUAAAAAACAUAUUUUAUGUUUCCACCUUUAGAAAGCAAAACAAGCAUCGAAAAGAGUGGAGCAUGUCCUGAAAAUGAAGAAGGCUUGUGGUACGAGGACAUAGCCAAUAGGACAACACUUUUGAACAAAAUUACACUUAGUGAAACCAAUCACCGUCCUUCAGCGAGCGGCGAUAUAGAGCUGAGACAUGCCACAAUGACAAAGGAGAACCUCUACGAGAAUGUCAAGACAAAAUCAGACAGUGCCCGUUAUUUGAAUGUUCACUACGGAGAGACAAUGAAGGUUGGAACAACUUGUGGAAAAUCAAAAGAUGCUGGAACUACCCGUUACACUAACGUGAUCAUAGGCGCGAUAUAAAUGUGAAAGAAAG